CCCGCGCCUGCGCCCUGCGCCGCGCGUGGCCGUGCGUAAGGCUGCGGGGGGACGCGCGCUCCGCAGAGCCGGCGGCGCUCAGCCCCACCCCCCCCGCCUCAUGGCGAAGCGGCGCGCGGAGCCGUUAGUGUAUCACGUGCCCGUCAAGCGGCUCCUGCGCGAGCCGUCGCCGCCUUCCGUCUCCGCGCCCGAGCGGCGACCCCGGGGCGAAGUGGCGGGCGCCGGCCCGGCCGCCCCGAAGCGGAAGCUGGAGGAGGCCGAGGCGCCGCCGAGCAAGCGGCCCGGGCUGCGGGGGAGCAGUUCCCGCGGGGAGCCGGGGGACGCGGGCGGCAGGCGGCGACGGCGCGGCGGGCCCGCGCCGCCCCAGGACGAGCGGUCGGCGGAGGGAGGCGCCGGCGGCCGGGUCAAGGAGCGGGCCGCCGCGGCUGAGCAAGAAGAUGACUUCUGUCAGUAUAACUCAUUCCUAUACUGGAGAUCACCAUUGCCUGCUAUUGAUUUGUCUGAUAUUCAGAGCCGAGAUGGAGAGACCCCGGAAGCUAAAACCCUUUCAAGGACUGAUACUAUGGAGACUGAAAUGGAGACCUGAUUAGUUGUUUCAUAGUUGUAUAUCCACUUGAAGGAAACUUGCUUCUAUUUGGACUCAGGUUUUUCUACUUGGGAGAAAAAUAAGCAUGCUUCGGCCAUCUUGAAGAAACAGUGUUACAUCAGUCUGCAGAAGCAAGUCUGAGUUCAUCACUGUUGGGUACUUAAUAGUAAGCUGUCUGGAAGUGUACAAUGUUGAGGAGGCUGUGCUGUCUAUCAAGAAUGCUUGAAAACAUGAAAACAUGCUAAAAGAAGACUACAGAAAAUUAGAACUUUGGGAUGCAAUUAUACGAAACAGGUGGAUAUGUUAAAUGUUAAAAAUAAAUGGAAAAUAAUUUUGUCUGUCCUGAACGAAAAGAUGUGACUGUGGUAUCUGGAAGUAAAAUACUUAACCAUGUGAAUUUGUCACAAAGCAUACAAACUGUAAUGAUUUAAAUGUGAAUUUUUCUACAUAAUACUAAACCAAACAGACCCAGGAGCCUACCAAAACCAGACAAAGCAUUCCCUUUUCUAUGCAAACAGAAGACAAGCGUGGCGGGGAGAGGGAAGGAAAAGGGGAUCUUUUCUUCUAUAAGCUGCUGCUGUUGUGAAAGUUUUUCACAUUCUUGUUGAGAAAAAGCUUUUUCACCUUUUUCAUCUUCUCCUUUUCACAUUACACAAAGCAGUGGGCAGCCAGCUUUUAGGUUUUUGGUCCAUUCUUAAGUUAAUGCUAUACUUACUCUUUGCAAUGUGAGCUCCGAACCAGUGAGCAGCAUUGAAAUGGGAGGUGUGCGCAGAUGUGUCAACAAAACUCAAUGCAAUAUAAAAUUAACUACAUAAUGCUUUUUCAAACUUACCUGACUGAGGUAUAGUUUUUGCAGACUGUGGUUCUUGCAAAAAGAUUGUAUAGAAGUUCAUUGAGUUAGUGUUUUUUGCUGUUAAAUAUGAACUUAAUGCUUGUCUUCUGUAAUUGAUUUACAACUUUAAGUACAAUUAGAAAUACUUGUCUUUAACAGUAGACUGAAGUUGUAUGGGCAGACUGUCAGACUUUGCAGAUGUGAUGUCUUUAAGGAUAGCAAACGCUUUUUGCUGGAAUCAUUGAAGGCGGCAGCUUGAGAAUAUAUAUAUUUUUUUAAAUAAUAUAUUUGCUAAAGGACAAUAAAGUGUUGCUUGUGUGUAUUUUGUAUUUUAAAACUUUCAGACUAUUAUUUGUGUUAGUUCCUGACUUUAUUUCAUAAGAUUGUUGCUUUCAUAACUUCUGUUAUUUUAUUAGGUCUUUAUGCUUAAAAUAGUCAGCUUGUCAGCCGCCUUAGUAAACAUUCAGAAUUUUUUUUUUUCAGUAUUUGUGCUGUAAGGUAUCUGUAUUUGUUCAUUGCCUAUUCAUUUAGAUUGUUAGAGUCUCUUACUACUCACGGAAGUAAGGUGGCUGAGUGACUCAAGCAUUUCAUGGUGGUUGUUUGGAUAUGCUUCUACCUGCUGUCAGAUCAUAUUUAAAAUUUUAUUUUUUGCACACAUUUUUAGUUAUAUUUUUUAAGUCCAAAUCCGUCAGCUUGUCUUAGGAGGUACUUUAAAAAUGUUUUUAAAAACAAACUUCUUUUUCUGGCAAGAAUGCAAGUGCUGUUUCAUGGUUACUCCAACCAAAAUAAAUUUGUGAGGAAAUAG